AUAAAUAUAUAUAUCUAUAUACAUAAAUAUAAGUAAAACUUAAAACUCCAAGUGGUUCACUGACAUUUAACAAUCAAUUAAACAAUAACGUCUUUUUAAUCAAUAAAUAAAUUAAUCAACAAUAAAAACUCUCCAACAAUACCAAGUCUUACUCUAAUUGUUAUGUCAUAAUACAAUAUAACAAACAAACUAAAAAUGCACUGUCACAUCCACAGGAAAAUAAAUUUAUAAACAAGAGUCUAAUAAAUUCCAGUGAUUUAAUCUCGAUAAAUAAUUAAUAAAUAAUAAAAGUAUAAGUCAUGUUAUUAACAUUAUUCUACAUGAUAUCAACCUGGGUACAAGCAUGGAGACUGACGUCUUUGAGAACACGUCUAUUGACUGCACUUAAUAACAAUAAUGAUAAUAAUUUGCUAACUGAGAACAUAAAACCUUCUAUAAUGUUUUAUAUAAAGUCUCCAGAUAUUUAUAAAGAUGAUGUAAAUUAUAAACAGACUGGAAAUGUAAUCUGUCAAGAUUUACUUACGUCACAUUUAUGUUCAAAUAAAAAUACUGCCAAACUUCAUGACCUUAUUUGGUGUCACGGUGAUAAAAGACUAUGUAGUAUUUAUCCUCAGCAAAAAAUAGAUGUAAGUGAAUGGUUACUAUACCCAUUUGGUAAAACAAAUUUUCCAUUGAGUAUGGACAAUUGUAAUCAAACAAGACUAGCUGAUGAUUCAAAAAUGUAUUUAUUAAUUGAAGCCGAUGUUGAAAAUUUUAAUCCCCAUGCAUUUGCCAGAGCUAUCAAGUUAGAAGAUUAUGGAUUAUUAUUGUCAUGGACCGUUGAUAAAUUAUUUGCCACUAUCAUGGAAAGUGACAUUGAUCACAUCAGUAAAUUAUCUAUUGCACUAAUGCAAGGCCCAUGCUUUAUUAACAAUGGAUUAAUACUCACGCGUAUUGAAUCCGUUCAAGUUACAGGAAAACCCUGCAGCUAUAAUUUAAAUCGAUCGACUUCUUUACGAGAUAAAAAAUUAGUUGGAAGAGCACAAUGGGAAGCUCAUAUAAAAACACUUAAAUUAUUUAGCAGUACGGCGCGUCAUGUGUCACAACAAAACGAAUCGUUUGAAGUCGAUAAUUUACCUGGUACUAUUGUGUCCCCAGGAAGUCGCUCGCUGUCAUUGCAAAUGCCAACCGUUUUAGAAAUAAAUUAUCAACAUGACACUCUAGGUGACUUUCAACCAGACGAUAGUACGUCGGUACCAUCGACGCCCCCGCCAACUCCAGCAUCCGCGAGCUUGAUGGACCGCGGAGACUUAGAACGUCAAAAUUUGUUGAUGUCUGAAAACACGAGCUUUAGCCGUAACUCAGCUACUCCAGACCGACUGUCUAGUGUCGGGAAUUCGAAUAAUUCUUCGAUGCAGAACAUCAACAAUGACAUUGAACCAAAGAUAGAAACCAAAUCAAGCGCUUCGACUUCAAAUGCAAACAUAUGCGAGAGAAUAUUGCCAAAGACUUUCAAAGGAGAUCCUUCAGAUACAUCGUGCACAAAUCGUGCUGAAAAGUACUCAGUAAAGAAAAAUUUUCCGAAUUAUCCAGGAAAUACUAAACCGCCGAAUGUUUUAAUUUAUGCAGACUCUUCUCUGGCGAGUGAUAAUAUUGAACGCGUCUUAAAGCAGACAUUAAACAAAGACAAAUAUAUCAUCUAUAAAUUAUCCUCUGAAGACGCGCGUCGUGAUGUUUGGAGAGAUCAAGCGAAUUUGGUAGUAGUGUGUGGUAAUGUUGACUGCGAAAUAGCUUCGCAAUUAGUUGAUUACAUUGUCGAGGGUGGUAAAUUAUUGGCAUUGUGUUCCGACGCAUUGCAUACACUAUUGCCGUCAUUUAAAACUGCCGAAGUACGGGAACAUGAGCUAGUGCGUUUCUCUUACGGUAAAUGGAAAAAUGUUCAAAUGAUGCAUCAUAUAUUUUGUUACCAAGCUUCGCCAGUAAAAUCAAGAUUUUCUCAAGACCAUGAAGAUGUCAAAGUUACUCCAGUGACUCCCGUGUCUUCGACUGUUAAAGACAAGCAGGGAAAAACUCACACAUUCCAAGUACGAGUUCUCGGAGCUGAGGAAACGUGGCAUACACCCAGCAUUGUCUUGGCAGACCUACCCAGUACUGGGGGAAAAGCAUUAUUCUCGCAAAUUCAUCUCGAGGCAGAUCCAUCUCAGUACGAAAUGGAAGAAUCUAAAUUCCGCGCAUUGCAAGAAAGCAAUUCCGCGCGUCUUGAAAUACUGUCGGACUUACUUGGCUCUCAUCUGGGUAUCGAUGUAAAGCCAAUUGAUGCUGGAGAUAUUGUUUUUAAUCCUGGUUUUUUUCUGGGUAGACACGAGCUUAAACUGGAAAUGCUGGAACGAUUGAAAGACAAAAUGGAGCCAAAUGAUAUUUUUAAAACAAAUAAAUUAAAGUUACAGUUUUGUAGCAAUACCAAUAAGUUAGUACCAGCAUCAUCAUCAGUUCUACCAAUCAUGUUACAUCAAUGUCCUGAUAACUUUUCGACAGUUGAAUAUUUUGAGAAUUUAAAAACUAAAGAACUAGGACGUAUUGUAAUUUACGCAGAUAUUAUGACGUCAUCGAUGGAAGUUGUUACCGGUUGUAAAUUACAUCAUGGACUGGCUGUUAUCCCGCGUCAACAAACUCAGGGUCAAGGCCGUAGUAAAAAUGUUUGGCUGAGUGCUAAAGGAUGCUUGAUGUUUACAUUACAAUUACAUAUUCCACUUAACAGUUAUCUUGGUAAUCAUUUAUCUAUUUUACAACAUAUUGCUGUAGUAGCUGUAGUGGCAGCAGUUAAAUCAAUUCCUGGUUACGAGGAAAUCGAUCUCAAUAUUAAAUGGCCUAAUGAUCUUUACAUAGGAAAUAAAAUAAAAAUUGGCGGCGUUAUUGUACCGACUCUCAUUGAAUCAUCACAAGCUAUGUGCAAUAUUGGUCUUGGAGUUAAUUUAUCAAACAGUACUCCAACAAGCUGCAUUAACGAUGCAAUUAAAAAUUAUAAUGAGAAAAAAGGUACUAAUUUACAGCCACUUGGGUAUGAAAAAUUUUUCGCUCUCGUUUUUAAUCAACUCGAGUCUCUGUUGGAUUCAAUUCAAAAUGAUAAUAUCAAUCAUUUCUAUCAACUUUAUUAUGAUUACUGGCUUCAUACAGACACUCAAGUAAAUAUUACAUCAAGCGAUGGAGUAGCCAAAGAAGUUAAGAUACUGGGGAUCGAUAGCUUUGGGUAUUUAGAAGUUCAAAGUGCGGAUGGUAAAAUAUUUUCAGUCCAGCCUGAUGGAAACAGUUUUGAUAUUCUUAAAGGGCUUAUUGCUCCGUCCGCGUGAAGAUAGUUUCCACAAAUAAAAUACUUACACAUUCAAAAUAAUAAGGUAUAUAAAAUUCAGGAAAAAAAGUUCAACUUAUCAUAGAUUUAUAAAUUUAAUUGAUCAUCGGCUGAAGUCAUAUUCAGUUGACAGUUAAAUAUAUCUAAUAUAAUUUUAAUUAAUCUACGAUUCAUUAUUCAACUAGUAACAAAAUAAUUCCGGCGCACAUUUCCAUCUUGUUAAAUAGUCGCACGAUUUUUGACAAAAUAAUUUCAGAUUUUUUAAAUAUUUUUCAAGAUUAAAAAUAUGAAAUUUCACUUCCGCAUAUUUAUUUUUAAAAAAUAUUUGAUUUUUAUUCAAUUGACAACUUUCAAAGCUUGAAUUAUAAUUUAAAAAAAAAAAAAAAAAAAACAAGUUCAGUUAUUAAUUUAGGGACUGGCUAAUUAAGCGUCUAAUUCACUAGCUCAGUCACUUGAUACAAACAAAUAUAUAAACUAAAGUAUGUAAUUUUAAGUUUGAAUUUGCGCUUCCUUGAUAAUUAUUUUCCAAAUGCAAAUCAAAAAAUAAAUCUAACAUGUUUUUUUGUUACAUAUAUUUAUCUUUUAAUUAAAAAAAAAAAUGUAAAUCAAUUACAGUUAAUAUGAAUAUGCAUUUACUCUCGUUAAAAAAUCAUAUUAAUUAAUGGAUUAUAAAUAAUCAAAAUAAAGAGAAAAAAUAAAAUAUUUAACUAAUAUAAUCUAUGGAUGUUAUCUGUU